AUGUCUGGAGCCACAUACACCAAUGCACGAAUGAACCGUGCGAUCACAUCCAAAAGCUCUACACCACGCUAUGCCUUGAAAGCACCAGAGCGACAAGUUGCCUUUCGGCUGGAACAUAUUGUGACGGAGAGAACAAUGCUACUAUUGAAGCCGCAUGGCGACGCCCAGUCGGAUCACGCAUACAAGAUCUCGGACGAAGAGGGCUCUCCCGCAUUCACAGCAACUGGUCGAAAGUACAAUGAUCGAUCAUGUCGAGAACUCCGCGACUCAUCCGGGUUACCUUUAUUCGAUAUCCACACAAAGCCGAUCUCAAAUCCUUUGGGUUGGGUUGUUACCUUGCCUGGGAGCAAAAUCAACGACGCGACAAUAGCGAAGGCGACACCGAAGUUGGCAUGGAAUAGCAUCAACUUGAUCUUCUCGUUUCGGAAUGGUGCGGCUGAAGACAGAAGCGAGGAAGAUAAGCAGGUCACACUAACUGUUAAGAAACAUGGGGAGGCGUUGGCCUUCUUUGAUAUCGUGGAUGGGGAUAGAAGGAUUGCUGAAUUGCGCGAAAGUAUCACUCACAAUGAGAGGCUGGCUUUGAGAAAGAUGAAGCGCGGAGGUGGCCAUCGCCCUGCGUUGGAUCUCAUUGUGAGUCCUGGUGUGGAUAUUUCGCUGGUGUCGGUUAUUGCGGUCAUUGUAUCUGACUGGUUCUUCGGAUCUGGUUAA